AUGGCGUCCACCAAUGUCGACCCGGCGACGGAGGCGGACUACCUGGACCUGAAGAUGGAGCAGUACCUAUCGGUCCUCACGCUCUUCACCCUCUCCACCCUUACCCGCCUCUACAUCGGCGUCUGGAAAUUCCCGGACGCGGCCGGCCUCCGCGGCGUCUCCUUCCCUCACCUCCGGGAGCUCGGCCUCUGCCUCGUCGAAGUGGAGAACGGGGACAUCGAUGCCGUCGUCGCCAGGAGCCCCGUCCUGGAGAUCCUCAACAUCCAAGGGAGUCUCAGGGGGAAAUGUCUCCGCCUCGUCAGCCAAAGCCUCCGAUGCGUCCAGGUCUGCACCUCCGUGACCGUGAUGGAGAGCACCGAGGUGGUAAACGCCGAGCGGCUCAUCGUGUGCGAAGAUAUGAACCUCUCCGGCGUGUGCACCAGGGUGAAGAUUGGAAAUGCCCCCAAGCUGAAAUUGUUCGCGUACCUCGAGCCAGGGAAACAUACUCUAGAGAUCGGGGACACCGUGAUCAUGCCUGGAGUGGAGGCGAGCCCAAGCAUGAUGCUCACAACCGUCAAAAUUCUGAGUUUGCAUGUGUGUUUUGGAGUUCACAAAGACAUCAAGAUGAUGCCAGCCUUCCUCGGAUGCUUUCCCAAUGUCGAGUCGCUGCAUAUUACGUCUGCAAAAUGUGAUCAACCCACUGACAAGCUCAACCUCAAGUUCUGGGAAGAUGAGGCUGGCCCCAUCGUCAAUGUGCUGCUGCGCAUCAGGGUGAUGACAUUCAGGGAGUUCCGGGGGGAGCAAUAUGAGCUUUCAUUCCUUCGGUACUUCUUCAAGAGUACAUAUGCUUUAAAUCAAGCAGUCAUUUCGUUGGCCAAUCCAAGCUUCACUUCAAGGUCCGAGGAUGAGAUGAUAUCCAGUGUGGUGAAUAUGAGAAUUGGAAAUUUUGCCAGUGAAUUUGAGGUCCUUUUCUACGUGAGCACCGGUCCUGAGGGACUCAGUCGCUGGACCUUCAAGCGAGGGGCAAAGUUUUCUGAUGAUGACCCUUUUGCAACAGUUAAAAUCAUUCCAAGGCCCGGAGACCAGACGUCGCAAGCAGGUCUGUAUUUAACUGUGGGUGGAGAUCACUCUCUAGUAACUGAGAAAGACAAGUCUGAGUUGGGAAGUUCAGGCAGAAGGAGCCGCUGGGUUAUUGGCAACUUAUUUCUCCAGUAA